UGUGACCGAAGGUGAAAGCGAAAGCUGAGCACAAGCCAGAGCCCAGCUCGGGAGUCCACAACUGUGCUCGUUAUCCAGAAGCCAGGAGCGUCGCCACACUACUCGGCCUCUCCAGCCUCUGCCUCGGCCCCACGCUCCCACAGGAGUAACUCUUCCCCUCGGCCUCUGCCUUGAUCAUUGGAGCGGGCCCUUCCUGCGCCAUGUCACACCCCACUCUGUCGACCCAGGGGGGCUUCAGCUUCGACCAAUGCCAAAGGAAUGCGGCUCUGGAGAGCUCCUUAUCUGGGCUCAAGGCCCCUCCAGCCCGCAAAACAGGCACCACCAUUGCCGGGCUUGUCUUUCAGGACGGGGUCGUCCUCGGGGCCGACACUCGGGCCACAGACGACAUGGUCGUGGCUGACAAGAACUGUGACAAGAUCCAUUUCAUCGCCCCCAAUAUCUACUGCUGUGGGGCCGGGGUGGCCGCUGAUGCCGAGAUGACCACCCAGAUGCUGUCAUCCAACAUAGAGCUGCAUUCCCUGUCCACAGGCCGGAAGCCCCGCCUGGCCACAGUCACCCGCAUGCUUCGCCAGAUGCUUUUCCGAUACCAGGGUCACAUUGGGACAUCCCUGAUUGUGGGUGGUGUGGACAUCACCGGACCCCACCUUUACUCUGUCUCUCCCUAUGGUUCAUCCCAGCAACUGUUCUUCACUGCCAUGGGUUCGGGACAGGAUGCUGCCAUUGCUAUACUGGAGGAUCGUUUCAAACCAAAUAUGACGUUGGAGGAGGCGCAGCAGCUGGUGGCAGAAGCAGUGACCGCUGGGAUCAUGAAUGACCUUGGCUCUGGGAGUAACGUGGACCUGUGCGUCAUCACUCAAGAAGGAAUUCGAUCUCACCGACCCUAUGGCAUCCAUGGUCGCAAGGGAGAGAGGCAGAGCAGCUGCAGCUACAAGCCUGGAACCACAGCAGUGCUGAGUGAAACAGUGAAGCUGCUGCCCCUGGAGCUGGUGGAAGAAACAGUGCAGACGAUGGAGGUGGAGUGAGAACCCCACUCCAAGGGCAGCUGGAGGUGGGGAAUGACCAUUCACCUCUUCCCAAAGAUGACGUCUCUCACUACUCAAUAAAGAAGUUUUCUGGGA